AUGCCGCUGAGCUAUAGGCAUGCUCUAGGUAACCCAGAUUUUACUAGCAACCAUAUUAAAGAUUUUAAGAAUGAAGGCUGUUCUGCUGGCAGGAUACCGUUCAAGAUCGGGCAGCCCAAGAAACAGAUUGUACCCAAGACAGUGGAGAGAGACUUUGAAAGGGAAUAUGGAAAGCUUCAGCAAUUGGAAGAUCAGACCAAAAAACUUCAGAAGGAUAUGAAGAAAAGCACAGAUGCAGACUUGGCCAUGUCCAAGUCGGCUGUCAAAAUCUCUUCAGACCUGCUGUCUAACCCCCUGUGCGAACAGGAGCCCAGCUUUCUGGAGAUGGUCACGGCCUUCGACACGGCGAUGAAGAGGAUGGACUCUUUCAACCAGGAGAAGGUGAAUCAGAUCCAAAAGACAGUCAUAGAGCCUUUGAAAAAGUCCAGCAGCGUGUUCCCCAGCCUGAACAUGGCAGUGAAGAGACGGGAGCAAACGCUGCAGGACUACAAGCGCCUGCAGUCCAAGGUGGAGAAAUACGAGGAGAAGGAGAGGACCGGCCCCGUCCUCGCCAAGCUGCACCAGGCCCGUGAAGAGCUGAGGCCGGUGAAGGAGGACUUUGAAGCCAAAAACAAGCAGCUCCUGGAGGAAAUGCCCAAGUUUUAUAGCAGCCGCAUCGAUUACUUCAAACCCAGCUUUGAGUCGCUGGUCCGGGCGCAG